AUGGCGCUGCAGCACACGCUCCUCAUCGUCGGCGGCAGCGGCUUCCUCGGCUCCGCCAUCUCCAAGCAGGCGCUCGCAAAGGGCUGGAAGGUCAUCUCCAUCAGCCCCUCGGGCAAGCCCUACCUCUCUCCCGCAGGACACCGCCCAUCGUGGUCCUCGUCGCCUAACAUCUCCUGGCACGCCGCAGAUGCCCUCGACCCCGCCUCCUACUCACACCUCGCCGCACAGUGCACCGCCGCCGUACACACCGUCGGCAUCCUCCUCGAGGCAGACUACAAGCCAAAGGACAAGGGCCUCCUCGGCGUCAUCGGGGGCGCGCUCCAGGGCGUGGCAAAGGGAUGGGGCUACGCCGGACCUUCGUCCCAGAACCCGCUCCAGGAUGAUCGCACCUCGGGCAAGCGCCGCCAGAUGUCGUACGAGGUCAUGAACCGCGACUCGGCCGUCUCGGUGGCCCACACUUUCCUCUCCGCCCUGCAGAAGCGCCAGGCCGAGCGCGGCUCCACCUCGGACCCACCCUCUCCGGCCCCGUUUGUCUACAUCUCGGCAGAGGACCUCUUCCGACCCGUCGUCGAUGCCCGGUAUAUUACCACCAAGCGCCAGGCCGAGAAGAUGAUCACCCGCUUGUCGGAGCAGUAUGGCCAAGCCCUGGUCCGACGCGCACCCGCCGGCAGCAGCGGCAGAGCCGCGCCCGCAGAAUUCCUUGACGCAGAUGGUGCCGGCCUCUCGCUCGAGCUGCAGGACGAGGCAGCGUCGUCUUCUGCUUCGGUCGAGGUGGGCGCCGCUGCCGCCGCCGACUCGCUGCCCGUCGAGCUGCUUCGGCCCGUCUUUAUGCGGCCCGGCCUCAUGUACGAGCCGCACAAGCGUCCGCUCUCGACCCUGCCCGCCGCCAUCCUCGAGGCCUCGGCCGCCUUCCACAAGUCUCCUCCCCUGCCCCUGCCCCUUCCUACACCGGCAUCACUGUUGUCGAGCGCCUACACGCCGGCGUCUUUGCGGCCGCUGGCCAAGCUGCUCACGACGCCGCCGCUCCACAUCGACACGGUCGCCAAGGCCGUCUGCAAGGCCAUCGAGGACGACGCGAUCCGCGGGCCCAUCGACCCGCUCCAGAUCCGCCGGCUGGCUGGCUGGAGAGAAGAGGGUGGUGCUGCGGCGGCCAAGGCGGCGGCGGCGGAGGUCGACCCGGCUCACCUCGUCCACCCCUCGCAUCGCCCCGGCGCGCCCGAUCCGGCAGCAGCGGCGACCGCAGCACGCAAGCUCGACUCUGGCAACCCGUUCGCCGCCACCACCCAGCCUCACCAUCGCCGCUUCAGCAGCGUCGCAGGCAGGCGGACGCAGCGGUCGUUGUCGCCCAGCCACCGCCGGAGAUCCUUUUUCAGCCUCCCGGAUCUCGGCAAGCUGGCGUCGAGCACCAUCAACGCGGCGACGGGGUCCGGCGACGGCGCUUCGGGCCACACUGAUGAGCACGGGCGGCAGGUCUACGAGACACAGCGGAUCCUCUCGCACUCGGUUCCGCUGCUGUACCGCGUCGUCUCGGACGUCGAUGCGUACGAGCACUUUGUGCCCUACUGCCAGAGCUCGACGGUGCUGGGCGACGAGCCGCGCUUCAAGGCGGCGGCCGAGCGCGGCGAGGCGGCCUCGGACGGCGCCGACACGGCUGUGCUGGCCGAUCUCAGCGUCGGGUUCGGCAGCUUCCAGGAGCGGUACACGAGCCAGGUCAGGAUGAAGAAGGACGCCUGGGUCUCGGCCGAGGCGGUCCAGCCCAACCCGAUCUUCAAGCACCUCUCGACCGUGUGGACCUUUGAGCCGAUCGCCUCCCCUUCUUCGCCGGGCGCGCCCGAAAAGACGCAGGUGACGUUCCGGCUGUGCUACGCGUUCCGCAACCCGCUCUACGCCACCGUCGCCGGCGGCGUGUUUGAGCGCAUGAGCGCCCAGAUGAUGCACGCCUUCCAGCAGAGGGCGCGCGAGGUCGCUGCCGCGUCGGCCUAG